CUGGGCAAUGCCUAUGGAAGGUCCGACAGAGGUGUAGCAGGCAAUGUUCUGAGCGGCAGAGACAAAGGCAAGGCAGUAGAGAACAUUGAAGGUGCCAUGGGCGACGCCUUAAGGGCUAGGAGUGUCGAUGGAGUCGUUGGUCUUGGCAUGGCUUCAAAUGCCAUCGGCGCUGGCUUACGGGGAUUAGGUAAGGCUUGCGGCAAGGCCUCAUUGAGGCAAGGGACUUCACUAGGCAAAGCUCAGCCGAUGCAAAACGAGGCAAAGCGAGGCCUAGGUGACUCCAAGCGAAGCCAUAGGCGUCGCUAUGACGAAGCCUCUAGGGGCGACACCAAGCGAGGCCUAGGCAACGCCAAUUGGGCAUUGGGCUACGUUGGAGGCGAAGGUGGUGCCUAUUGGGCAUCGGGCAACACAGAAGGAGGCAGUGGCGACGCUGAUGUUCACGUUGGACCUAGUGACCUUGGGAGGCGCAUGAGGACAAGGAGAGGCGACGCCCUGGGCAUGCUUGACGAUGCCGAAACUGAGGAGAUAACAGACAUCCACUCUGACAAGCGCAUUAUGGGAGAGGCUACUCGAGAGAUCGAGUGA